CAAGCACUGAUGGGCUCGUUGCUGUAAGGCUCGAUGUGCUCCCAUCCCGUGGCCUCUGGUAGUGCUGCUGUCGUGUUCGAAAUACAAAUAUAAUGUCAGGUGGCUGAAAAUUUGCCUAUCAAAAUGUCAAAAAGGCCAUCUUAUGCCCCACCUCCUACCCCAGCUCCUGCAACCAAAUAAAGAAUUAAGCAGACGGAGAUUACAAUUGUCAUCUGAUUUUACUGAAGAGGUGUAGCUCAACAUAUUCAAAACUUGUUAUGCAAAUGCCCAGCACACCAGGGUUUGUGGGAUACAAUCCAUACAGCCAUCUGGCCUACAACAACUACAGGCUGGGAGGGAACCCGGGCACCAACAGCCGGGUCACGGUAGGAGAAUCAACUAUUACAUCAUCCGGCAAACAUCAGGAAUUGACCAGAAAUGGCUUUAGAGCUUCCUCUGGUAUUACCAUUCCAAAGCCCCCCAAACCCCCAGACAAGCCCCUGAUGCCCUACAUGAGGUACAGCCGGAAGGUCUGGGACCAAGUGAAGGCGUCCAAUCCUGAUUUGAAGUUAUGGGAAAUUGGCAAGAUUAUUGGAGGAAUGUGGCGAGAUCUCACUGAUGAAGAGAAGCAAGAGUAUUUGAAUGAAUAUGAAGCUGAAAAGAUAGAGUACAAUGAGUCCAUGAAGGCCUACCAUAACUCUCCUGCAUACCUUGCCUACAUCAACGCAAAAAGUCGUGCUGAGGCUGCGUUAGAAGAAGAAAGCCGACAAAGGCAGUCCCGCAUGGAGAAGGGUGAACCUUACAUGAGUAUACAGCCAGCGGAGGAUCCAGAUGAUUAUGACGAUGGAUUUUCUAUGAAGCACACAGCCACAGCUCGUUUCCAAAGAAACCAUCGUCUCAUCAGUGAGAUACUGAGUGAAAGCGUGGUGCCUGAUGUCCGCUCCGUUGUCACUACAGCCAGGAUGCAAGUUCUUAAACGCCAGGUUCAAUCUUUAAUGGUUCAUCAGCGUAAACUAGAAGCUGAGCUGCUGCAAAUCGAAGAACGUCACCAGGAAAAGAAGAGGAAGUUUUUGGAAAGCACAGAAUCCUUUAACAACGAGCUUAAAAGGUUAUGCAGUUUGAAGGUGGAGGUGGACAUGGAAAAAAUCGCAGCUGAAAUUGCUCAAGCUGAGGAACAGGCUCGCAAGAGGCAGGAGGAAAGGGAAAAAGAAGCAGCUGAGCAAGCCGAACGCAGUCAGAAUAACAUAGCAGCUGAGGAAGAACAGGCCGCUAACAAGAUAGAGGAGAAGAAAGAAGAGGAGACUGCUCCGAUGGAGACAGAAGAGCCUCACCCAGAAGAGAGCACAGAAAACCAGCAGAAUGGUGAAGAAGGAACAUCUACCCCCGAUGAUAAGGAGAGUGGCCAAGAAGGGGUCGAUAGCACUGCCGAGGAGGGAACCAGCGACAGCAACACCGGUUCAGAGAGCAAUAGCGCGACAGUUGAAGAGCCUCCCGCAGACCCUAUCGCUGAGGAUAGCGAGAAGAAAGAAUAAAUAUUGACUCAUUUCAUGUGUCUCUUUUUAAUGAAGUUACUGGUUUGAUUUCACAGUGUACUACGCGGCUUUUGUAUCUGCCUUCCCUUACCGCUUGUCUCCCAAGGGUGUUAAUAACGUGUCAGGUUACCAGCAUAGCAGCUUCAAGGGGCCUUUAGAGGCAAAGGGCAUCCCACAACAGACAGAAAACCCCGUGUGUCCAAGCAGAGCUGUACGUUACGGAGAGAUCCUGUUGCUUGGGGGUUUCUCCCUGAGGGAGCUAGCGUUGGUUUGGGGUUUUAGAUUGGAAAUCAGCCCUUCUCCCUUUCUCCUAGUUAUGCGACCACAGCGAUAACGCAGUCGUUCUCAGAAGCCCUUCUUGGUCCUUUGUGGCUGAAGCGCGACGCAGACGCGCACCCCCUCUCCUGACCUGGCUUUGUGAGGGUCUGCCUCUGCCCCGGCACGCUGGUUAGUGCAGCCGGGAUGUUC